UUCUUCAACCCACACUUGGAGAGGUGGAAUCACAUAAAACCGAAUCGGUCUCAGUCAGCAGGCAGUGAGGGAUAUUCCAGAUUGAGUUGCGGGUCUGUUAUUCUAGUAAAUAAGGUGUCUACUAUAUUGUAGUUGUUUUUACUGCAAAUCGCAACUAUUUAUCACCAGAGCCUGUUUUAUGUCUAAUUAUGUGUUUCAAGGGAUUCGAAUUGAACACCUUGUCAUCUCAAUCAGAUUUUUUUUUAUAAAUAAGGGGGAGAUCAACAACGUCACGCAGGACUACUGUUUCAGUCGCAGUAAACAACUUUUUACCAUCGCCACCGCAAAUUGAUUGUAGGCCUGUAGUCUGCUAUUACACCGCCGCUACACCGCCAUCAUGCCUAGUCUGCGACAGUCUUACACCGUGACGGUGCCCGAGGAGUCGCCGGCUACCGCUUUCCCCUUCCUAAAGGCGGACCUGCGCAGGAAGAGUCCUCCAAUGUCGCGGUCAAUGUUGAUGUCCACAUUUGUGGGUCUGCUUAUCAAUCAAGCCAAGAACUCCAAGAGUACUCAAGGCCUAGUGGGACUGAGAAAUCUCGGCAACACAUGUUUCAUGAACUCGAUCCUGCAGUGUCUGAGCAACACUCCUGACCUGAGGGACUACUGUCUGAGGAACACACACCGCACCGAACUCAACAACACCUGCAGAGCCAAGGCUGCUCUCAUGGAGGAGUUUGCCAAACUCACUCAGACCCUAUGGACGUCAGUCAGCAGCGAGGCCAUCAGUCCCUCAGACUUCAAGACCCAGAUCCAGAGAUACGCACCCAAAUUUGUGGGAUACAAUCAGCAGGAUGCUCAGGAGUUCCUGCAUUUCCUAUUGGACGGCCUCCACAACGAGGUCAACAGGGUCACAGUGCGGCCCAGGCUCCCGUCCGAGGACAUUGACCACUUGCCUGACAAUGAGAAAGGGAAGAGAAUGUGGAACAAAUACCUAGAGAGAGAGGACAGCAAAGUGGUUGAUCUGUUUGUGGGCCAGCUGAAGAGCUCUCUGACCUGCAGUGAGUGUGGAUACUGCUCCACUGUGUUCGAUCCAUUCUGGGACUUGUCACUACCCAUCGCUAAGAAAGGUUCAGGGGAGGUGAGUCUGACAGACUGCAUGCGACUCUUCACUAAAGAAGACGUACUGGAUGGAGAUGAGAAACCGACAUGCUACAGGUGUAAAACCAGGAGGAAAUGCACUAAGAAGUUCACCAUCCAGAAGUUCCCUCAAAUCCUUGUGCUUCACCUCAAGCGCUUCUCAGAGAACCGUGUUCGAACUAGUAAGCUCUCCACCUACGUCAACUUCCCCCUCAAAGAGCUGGACAUGAGAGAAUUCUGCUCUGAGAACAUCAUGAAUGCAGUGUAUAAUCUCUAUGCCGUGUCCAACCACUCUGGGAACACGCUGGGUGGCCACUACACAGCCUACUGCAGGAACCCAGCCCUUGGGGAGUGGUACAGCUACAAUGACUCCAGGGUGAGCCCCAUGUCAUCCAGCCAGGUCCGCAGCAGUGAUGCCUACGUGCUCUUCUAUGAGCUGGCCUCCUCCUCUCAUUCACGCCUGUGAAGCUAUAUGUCAUGGACAUAUGGGCUACAUAAAGCCUGGCAGUCUGGUCAUAUGGAUGACAUAUGCAAUGAGCCUAUUAGGCCUGUGUCUGGGUCUGAUGGUUGAUGUUUGAGCCUUGCUCUGUGGACUGCAACAGUAUACUGUAUGUUUAUACAGGAGCCCUUGGCACUAUGGAUUUAGCUUCAGCACACUGUACUGCCAGGAUACAGAGAUUGAGUUGUGGUUCAACCAUCUUCCGGGGACAUUGGGAAGAGCAUUGGGACAAUGGGAAGGCCCUUCCCAGCUAAAAACAUGUCCCCUGAAUAUCAUUGAAAGUCCCGGGGACGUGUGUGUGUGUGUGUGUGUGUGUGUGUGUGUGUGUGUGUGUGUGUGUGUGUGUGUGUGUGUGUGUGUGUGUGUGUGUGUGUGUGUGUGUGUGUGUGUGUGUGUGUGUGUGUGUGCGUGUGUGUGUGUGUGUGUGUGUGUUGUGCGUGUGUGUGUGUGUGUGCGGUCACCAUGCAGACGGUGAAGAUACCUCUCUAUGCACUACAACGAGGACUGUAUGACCCCACGUCGGAGUUGUCAUUCGUUUCAAGGUCACCACUGAGACAUGAAAGACUUUAUCACUCCGGCCUUCCGUUCUGUAAAUGAUUCUAUUUAAAUUAGAUGUCAUCAUAUCUGUGACUUUAGAGAUGGGAAGACUCUCUAGCACCAUCUGUUGGUGUGCUGUGGUUGCAGGUUUUGCACAACCUCAUCUUCCUCCCGUUUCAAUAGGACUGUGUGUGUGUGUGUGUGUGUGUGUGUGUGUGUGUGUGUGUGUGUGUGUGUGUGUGUGUGUGUGUGUGUGUGUGUGUGUGUGUGUGUGUGUGUGUGUGCGUGCGUGCUGUGUGCAUGUGUGAAAGAGAGAGACAAAGAGAGCGGUCCCUCUCCAACUUCAAACUAGUGUGGAGAUAUCAUGCCAUUGCAAAACAAGAUUGAGAGAAACUACAUCUAGCUAUGUUUUUUAUGACUAAAUGUGUAUUUUUGUAUUUAUAAAACAACAUGGUGAAUGUAACUGUACUGUUGUACUAAUCAUUAAAGUAUCACUAUUUUUCAA